AUGAAUGAAGAUAUGUAUAUUCAAUUGAGUUUUUAUAGCCAACCAAUAAUAAUUUUAGUUGGAACCGUUGGUUCUUUACUUAAUCAAAUAAUAUUUCAUCGAAGAAAAUCAUUACGAACAGCAUCAUGUUCACUUUAUUUUCGUUCAUUAUCAAUCAAUGAUCUUCUUGUUUUAUAUAUCAUUGUAUUAACACAAUGGCUUAACGAUCAAUUUCAUUUCGAUUUAACAAUAAAAUAUUUAUGGUAUUGUAAAAUUCAAACAUAUAUCAUGCAUUGUUUAUAUGCAGUAUCACCAUAUUUUCUUGUUUUGGGCUGUUUUGAUCGUUUAUGUCGAACAUCAAGAAAUAUUCAAUUAAGACAAAUGGCAACUCUAAAUAUGGCUCGUCAAAUAAUUUUCCAUUGUCUUUUACCACCAAUAUUAAUGUCAAUAUUUUGCGGUUGUACAGCUUUUUUAUUAUAUCGUCGUAGAUGUCAACAACAACUUCAAUAUAAAUUAAAUAUAUAUAUAUCACAUAAACGUAUUCACUAUCGAGAUUAUCAAUUAAUAAAAAUCCUUUUUCUCUAUGUUACAACUAAUGUACUAUGUACCCUUCCUUUUGCUUUAGUUUUUUUACAAUAUGUUUAUAAAUAUAAUAGUGAUCCACAAUUAUCUAUAAUUGUUAAAUUUACUGUUCUUCUUGCUAAUUUAAAUUAUUGUUCUAGUUUUUAUAUAUAUACACUUGGAACACCAUUGUAUCGACGAGAAUUGUUACAUCUAAUAAAAACUUUUAGAUGA